CCAGGACCUGUGAGAGAGAAAAAAAGAAAGAGAAACAUGGGGAGAGGGGCAGGUGGUGCCUAGCAGAACUGACAGUUAUAUGUUUCAACAAUGGCUGGUCUGGGAACCAUUAUGUGAGUUUUGGGUUUGUGAUCCCAGCCUUUCACAUUUCCCACAGGCUCAAUGCCAGCAAAAGUGGAAAUCAGGUUCACUGCUUUGUUGUCGUACCAUCUGACAAUGAUGUUGUUGUCCUGGUUCAUUUGACCCUCUUCCAUUUUUCUUCAUUUCUUUUUCCAUCCAUCAUGGUGCAGUCUUUCCCCCUGUUCAUCCGGAUCGUGCCAGUGUAGUGGAUUCCUCUUUCAGGUGUUGCACCAGGAAAACUGAUGUAAAGUAGUUGUCCGCAAAGACCUUGUGAUUUUUUUUCCUGCUGCAAGUGCUGUCAUUUUCAGCACAACUUCUCCUAUAACACCAACUUCAGACUUUUCUGUCUGGAUUUUCUGCAUCUUGACAAGCAUUAAAGCCAUAAAGAAAGCCACUUUGUCCAGCACAUCCCCACAUCUUGAAACCCCAUUUAUGAGGUUUUCCACAUAGAUGAGAUUUUCCAUUGAAUGGCACCAUAAUUUCAUCAACUGCAUGGCAUUCUUCAGGAGGUAUGCAGAAGGACCCAGCAUUAUUAGCCAUGAAGCUAAGGCCAGCGUAGGCCAUGAAGAGGUGGGAAUGAGACUCCUCCCUGAGAGGCACCUUCUUCACUGCAGCUUCAACAGUUUAGUGACCAAGUCCUGAGAACAGCCACAAUGUUUAAUACACAAGAGUACCAUAUUAAUUCAUACAUGUAAUCUAACACGUUUUUGAAUACCUACGCCCAACAUGGCUGCUGCUGUAGCAAAAAUGGAUCCAGCCGUAGCCAUCCAGCGGAUGUAGCAGCCAAGUUGGCCACAGUGGCUAUUAUCAUUUUACUGCAAAAGGCAAAGUGCAAUCUUGUCUCAAAGUACAGUAGUGAGAACGGUAGCGUGUCUAACCUUCGUAAAAUAUACCAGCGUUAAUGCUAUGAAGCUCAAUUAUUUGGCUCACACAUGAACACGGAAUCACUCAAUCAUAUCACGUUUCUCAGUUAUAGAAGGACCCAGUAUUAUAGCCAUGUACCCUGGCAGCAGUGGUAAACAAUAGUGAUCAUGCGGCGCUCACGUUGUAAACACAAACUAUAAUGAGAAAACAUUCGACGUAGCAACCGCUGCCAGGCAUGCGCAUGCGCGUAAGCAAGCUUUCAGUAACUGGUCUGGACACUGACGUCACGAUGAUCAAAGGUGCUAAAUCACAAGAGCUGCCAUACUGCCUUACUGUCUCAUUUAUAUCGAAAGAUUGCAAAAGAACUAAACUACCAGAGUUUACUGCAAGAAAUGGAGAAGUCUGAUGUUCUAGAGUGGAUGAUAUCCAUGUUUAAGAGCCUGACAGUAGAACAGGUGAGAAAGUUAACAGGAGAUGAAUGGAACACGCCUUUUCAGGUUGCCACUGAAGUUUUGAUUGCAGACUUGGUCUUGGAUAUUCAAAACAUGUUGACACAUAAAUGGAUAAUUGCAGAAAUGAACAACGAGAACAUCACCUUUGAACAGCUUCAACCCAUUCUAUCUGAAAUACUCACUAAGAGUUUUUCUUAUUUUAUGGUCAAAAAGAAGCUAAGCGAAUCACAGGCUACCAGAAUGUCAGAUCUUGUAGCUGGAAGACUCCUACUAUUAUUACGUUCGGACAUGAAGGAGGAAUCUAAGUCUGAUUGGCAUGAUGAACUACAUGAGAUCGGCAAUGAUCUCAUUGCCGGUUGGGUUAAGAUGGUCAUUAAUUGUAUACCUGGUAUAGAUGAGGGCCUAAGCGAAUUUCUGGGUGCCGGCAUAUCAAACCUUGUACGCUUGAUUCCUAAAUGUGCUAAAAGAGCCCCAAAACAUUUACAUCCAUACUUGAUGAAGGACUCUAAGUCAUAUAUAUUUCGUCCUAUGGUUUGGCCUAAUGAACUAAAUGAGAUGAUUAUCCAUGCCUGUACUGUGUUAGAGGGGAUAUCACGGAGGACAUACAUGCUGUGCAGACCAGCCAUUCCCAGGAUAAGACCAUUAAUCUCCCUGAAAGAGGGUAACCUUGUGAAGAGAACUGAACUUAUUGGAGAAAUACUAGGCAAAGCGGCGGAAGCCAUCACAGAAACUCUUGUAAGAGAUGUGCCAGACCAUGAGUAUGAGCAGCUACAGGUGGACUGUUAUGGGAAGAUUGAAGCUGUUGCUAAAGACAUCUCUCAGGUAACUGCUGAAUAUCAGAGUCAGAAACACUUUGUUGCUGCAAGACAAAACCCAAAAAACCCAGAGUGGCCCACAGUGACUGUGAAAAGUAUUCAGGAGACUUGGUCUUGGAUAUUCAAAACAUGUUGACACAUAAAUGGAUAAUUGCAGAAAUGAACAACGAGAACAUCACCUUUGAACAGCUUCAACCCGUUCUAUCUGAAAUAUUUUAUGGUCAAAAAGAAGCUAAGCGAAUCACAGGCUACCAGAAUGUCAGAUCUUGUAGCUGGAAGACUCCUACUAUUAUUACGUUCGGACAUGAAGGAGGAAUCUAAGUCUGAUUGGCAUGAUGAACUACAUGAGAUCGGCAAUGAUCUCAUUGCCGGUUGGGUUAAGAUGGUCAUUAAUUGUAUACCUGGUAUAGAUGAGGGCCUAAGCGAAUUUCUGGGUGCCGGCAUAUCAAACCUUGUACGCUUGAUUCCUAAAUGUGCUAAAAGAGCCCCAAAACAUUUACAUCCAUACUUGAUGAAGGACUCUAAGUCAUAUAUAUUUCGUCCUAUGGUUUGGCCUAAUGAACUAAAUGAGAUGAUUAUCCAUGCCUGUACUGUGUUAGAGGGGAUAUCACGGAGGACAUACAUGCUGUGCAGACCAGCCAUUCCCAGGAUAAGACCAUUAAUCUCCCUGAAAGAGGGUAACCUUGUGAAGAGAACUGAACUUAUUGGAGAAAUACUAGGCAAAGCGGCGGAAGCCAUCACAGAAACUCUUGUAAGAGAUGUGCCAGACCAUGAGUAUGAGCAGCUACAGGUGGACUGUUAUGGGAAGAUUGAAGCUGUUGCUAAAGACAUCUCUCAGGUAACUGCUGAAUAUCAGAGUCAGAAACACUUUGUUGCUGCAAGACAAAACCCAAAAAACCCAGAGUGGCCCACAGUGACUGUGAAAAGUAUUCAGGAGACUUGGUCUUGGAUAUUCAAAACAUGUUGACACAUAAAUGGAUAAUUGCAGAAAUGAACAACGAGAACAUCACCUUUGAACAGCUUCAACCCGUUCUAUCUGAAAUAUUUUAUGGUCAAAAAGAAGCUAAGCGAAUCACAGGCUACCAGAAUGUCAGAUCUUGUAGCUGGAAGACUCCUACUAUUAUUACGUUCGGACAUGAAGGAGGAAUCUAAGUCUGAUUGGCAUGAUGAACUACAUGAGAUCGGCAAUGAUCUCAUUGCCGGUUGGGUUAAGAUGGUCAUUAAUUGUAUACCUGGUAUAGAUGAGGGCCUAAGCGAAUUUCUGGGUGCCGGCAUAUCAAACCUUGUACGCUUGAUUCCUAAAUGUGCUAAAAGAGCCCCAAAACAUUUACAUCCAUACUUGAUGAAGGACUCUAAGUCAUAUAUAUUUCGUCCUAUGGUUUGGCCUAAUGAACUAAAUGAGAUGAUUAUCCAUGCCUGUACUGUGUUAGAGGGGAUAUCACGGAGGACAUACAUGCUGUGCAGACCAGCCAUUCCCAGGAUAAGACCAUUAAUCUCCCUGAAAGAGGGUAACCUUGUGAAGAGAACUGAACUUAUUGGAGAAAUACUAGGCAAAGCGGCGGAAGCCAUCACAGAAACUCUUGUAAGAGAUGUGCCAGACCAUGAGUAUGAGCAGCUACAGGUGGACUGUUAUGGGAAGAUUGAAGCUGUUGCUAAAGACAUCUCUCAGGUAACUGCUGAAUAUCAGAGUCAGAAACACUUUGUUGCUGCAAGACAAAACCCAAAAAACCCAGAGUGGCCCACAGUGACUGUGAAAAGUAUUCAGGAGACUUGGUCUUGGAUAUUCAAAACAUGUUGACACAUAAAUGGAUAAUUGCAGAAAUGAACAACGAGAACAUCACCUUUGAACAGCUUCAACCCGUUCUAUCUGAAAUAUUUUAUGGUCAAAAAGAAGCUAAGCGAAUCACAGGCUACCAGAAUGUCAGAUCUUGUAGCUGGAAGACUCCUACUAUUAUUACGUUCGGACAUGAAGGAGGAAUCUAAGUCUGAUUGGCAUGAUGAACUACAUGAGAUCGGCAAUGAUCUCAUUGCCGGUUGGGUUAAGAUGGUCAUUAAUUGUAUACCUGGUAUAGAUGAGGGCCUAAGCGAAUUUCUGGGUGCCGGCAUAUCAAACCUUGUACGCUUGAUUCCUAAAUGUGCUAAAAGAGCCCCAAAACAUUUACAUCCAUACUUGAUGAAGGACUCUAAGUCAUAUAUAUUUCGUCCUAUGGUUUGGCCUAAUGAACUAAAUGAGAUGAUUAUCCAUGCCUGUACUGUGUUAGAGGGGAUAUCACGGAGGACAUACAUGCUGUGCAGACCAGCCAUUCCCAGGAUAAGACCAUUAAUCUCCCUGAAAGAGGGUAACCUUGUGAAGAGAACUGAACUUAUUGGAGAAAUACUAGGCAAAGCGGCGGAAGCCAUCACAGAAACUCUUGUAAGAGAUGUGCCAGACCAUGAGUAUGAGCAGCUACAGGUGGACUGUUAUGGGAAGAUUGAAGCUGUUGCUAAAGACAUCUCUCAGGUAACUGCUGAAUAUCAGAGUCAGAAACACUUUGUUGCUGCAAGACAAAACCCAAAAAACCCAGAGUGGCCCACAGUGACUGUGAAAAGUAUUCAGGAGACUUGGUCUUGGAUAUUCAAAACAUGUUGACACAUAAAUGGAUAAUUGCAGAAAUGAACAACGAGAACAUCACCUUUGAACAGCUUCAACCCGUUCUAUCUGAAAUAUUUUAUGG